AAAUGCCAAUUCGAACGGUUUGCUGGCUAAAAGGACCCCCGUUAUCACUUUCACCAUUUUUCUCCGUCCAUCAUCGGCAUCCCGACUUGACGACCCGGAGACCGGGCCUUAACCAACUGUGUGGUGUCUGGCAUUGCAACGUCGGCACCUUUGCCAUCCAUCUGUCCUCCUCCUCACUCCUGUCGCCAUCGUCCAGGCAUUGGGCGCGCUCUUAAUGACGGAGAACAGCUUGCCCUUUGAGACAUCCCGACGAACCCAUGGCGCGACCAUUGGGGCCAGUCCGUCUUAAGAGGACAAAUCCUCUCACCCUCCUUAUUGGUGCUGUUCUUUGCAUCUUCAUUCUAUACUUUUUAAUUGCUCCUGCAACUUCUGAUUUCUCUUCUGCUCGAAAAUCCACCGCGGCAUCUCAUCCCCUCUCCCCUCCCACCUCCCCUUUCCGUAAGACAUCCUCCAAGGGAACACAAAAGCCUCCACCGGUGACCCGAUACAAUCUCAACAAUGUCACCAUCACCAAGAACCCGAUCGAGAACCGCGAGAACAUCCUUGUUCUCACCCCAAUGGCUCGCUUCUACCAGGAGUACUGGGACAAUCUCUUGAGACUGUCAUACCCCCACGAGCUUAUAACCCUCGGCUUCAUUCUGCCCAAGAAUAAGGAGGGGAAUGCGGCGACCACGGCGCUACAAGAACAGAUCGCAAAGACCCAGCAGCACAGCGCCGAGAGGAACAGGUUCAAGAGCAUCAUUAUUUUGCGGCAAGACUUCGACCCCCCGCUGGCCUCUCAAGAUGAGGGCGAGAGACACAAGUUGCAGAACCAGAAGGAACGACGAGCUGCCAUGUCCAAAGCGCGCAACUCCCUGCUGUUCUCAACCCUCGGCCCAUCGACCUCAUGGGUGCUCUGGCUGGAUGCCGACAUUAUCGAAACACCGCCCACACUGAUCCAAGACCUGGCUUCCCACGAUAAGCCCAUCAUCGUCCCGAACUGCUUCCAGCGAUACUACGACGAGGAAAAGAAGAUGGAAAACGAGCGGCCCUAUGAUUUCAACAGCUGGCAAGACAGCCCAGUUGCGCAGGAAUUGGCGGCCAAGAUGGGGCCCGACGAUAUUCUGCUCGAGGGAUACGCAGACAUUGCCACGUAUCGGGUCUUGAUGGCCUACAUGACCACCGAUGACGGGGAGGUGCACUCCGAAGUUGAUUUGGAUGGCGUUGGAGGCACAGCGUUGCUAGUCAAGGCAGACGUUCACCGGGAUGGGGCCAUGUUCCCCCCUUUCGCCUUCUACCACCUCAUCGAGACCGAGGGGUUCGCCAAGAUGGCCAAGAGACUAGGCUGGCAAUCAACGGGGCUUCCAAAUUACAAGGUGUACCACUACAAUGAGUGAGACGCUGCCAGUACGGAUUGCCCGAAUACGGCGCGCUUGCGUUUGCCACGAUAUUUUACGUUUCCAGCGACGAUAGAUCACGGCCUGAAUCGAUUCGAGACGUCGACUGGGGAAACAUCACGACCUCGAAGCCGUGGUAGCAUAUUGUCCGGGUCAGGGGCUGGAGGACAAAGUUCCAUAGACCGGGAUCUCCAAGACCCCUUGGUGUCCCCUCCUCUUUUUCUCUCUCUCUCUCUUUUUCAUCUGGG